CAUUAGAUAUCGCUAACUAAUCAAACUGAAUUGCCUAUCCAUAGCUAGCUUCUCACUCCAAAAACAUUAUUUCUUUUUUUUUGCCAAGAAAACAUUAUUUCAUUUAGUUUGUUGUUAAUUACAAAGAUUUCUCCAUUAUAUAACUUAAAAUUAAGGCUGUAUAAUAAUCCAAAACAUAUAUGUAUAUACACAAUGGAAGUAGCCCUAACAUCAUCAUCAUCAACACCAUCGCAUAAAACAGUCAAAGCCAUCCCGGUCGCCGCUUCCGACAGUCCGCCGCCGCCCAACCACUCCCGGAAGCGGAGAAAAAUCUGCCUCUGCAGCUGCACAGUCCUGUUACUACCCAUCGUGGUACUCCUCAUCCUAUUCUUGACAGUGUUCAAGGCAAAGGACCCCACCACCACCGUCAACUCCUUCUCCAUAAAAAAUCUCAACUCCGAUCUCGACAUCGCACGGCUGAGAGUGGAUCUCAACCUCACCCUCGCCAUAGAUUUGUCCAUCAAGAAUAACAACAUGGUUGGAUUCAAGUACCGCAACAGCACCGCCGCCCUCAACUACCGGGGCACGCAGAUCGGCGCCAUCGACCUUCCCGCCGACGAGAUCCCCUCCGACAGGACCAAACGGAUGAACAUCACGCUCACAGUCAUGGUGGAUCGAGUGCUGUCGGAGACCCAGCAGCUCAUCUCCGACGUUGUCGCUGGAGUUCUGCCGAUGAACACUUACACCAAGAUUUCCGGCAAGGUCAGAAUCUUGGGUAUCUUCAAGGUUCACGUCAAGGCAACCUCUUCAUGCGAUUUCAAUGUGAAGAUUUCUACGGCGAGUGUUACCGAUCAAAGCUGCACUAAUAAGGCAAAGUUAUGAUUUUUAUUUUGUAUAAUUAUAGUUAAUAUAAUUUCUCAGUAUUGUGUAGUUAUAUAUGUGAUAAGUAAAUAAAAUGUUUUUUUUUUA